GCCAUGUAGCAGCCAUGCAGCAGCAGCUGGUGGCUGUGUGCAUAAAUUUGUUAUGUUAUUAGAAUUGCAGCGAAAAGAACUAAUAAUUGUGCACGCAGCGAGCUGUUUUACUGACCACCGCCUAGAGAACGAUCCACCAUGAGCUCCAACAACAAGUCAAAGUUUAAAAUGUUUCUCAAACAGGUGACGCCGGCAGGCAAUGCAGGGGAGACCAGACUGCGGCCAUACGAGCGGGAGCUGCGCCCGGAACAGCCCGUUGCACAGCGUUGCAAGAUGCUCAAGGAGCUGGGUGACGCGCUGCACAACUUUAACUUGGAUGAGACUUCCAUAACCAACCUGUGGAAUCUCACAAACGAUCUCAUAGUGCCCAACAAGCCGGCGGAAACGCGACAGAUUGCCCUGAGCUUCUACAAGCGACUCAUCCACACACAGUACAAGAACCUCAAUCUCAUGCGGGAGAAGUUCUUUCUGGUCAUCCAGAAUCACGAGGCGCGGGAGGACCUGCGGCAUCUGCUCGAGCUGUUGGACACACUCACGGAAAACGGGAAGAAUAUCACAAACUUUGAAGAAAAGAUUGGCAAAUUCAUGCUGCUGUGGAUCCCAGCAAUAACAGAGGCCAAUCUCCUGUGCCCCUACCUAGACAUGCUGGUCAAUCUGAUCAAGUUUAACGCAGCCCAUCUGGACAAAGACAUUCUCGUCGGAAUCGUACAGAAUGCCUGCGAAUUGAGCUGCACCGUCACCGACAUCGACAUCGGCCUGCAGUGCCUUACCAUUCUUGAGAUGGUCAUUGGCUACACCAUAUUCCCCAGCGAGCCGCUUGCACAGUGCAUCAUCACUCUGUGUCGAACAGCUGACUGUUCGCGAUACUGCCAGUCCUCCUUCAAGAUAAUGAAGAACCUGUUGGGCACCCAGCUGGGCUAUUACUCCAUGAAGAUGAUGUGCAGCAUCCUCAACGAUCGUUCCCUCUACGACGAUGCGCAGCUGUUGCGCGGAGCUGUCUUCCACCUGACGAUGAACAUCUUCGGCUCAAACAUCAUUUUCCAGGUCUCGUCGAUGACGUAUGCGACUAAUGUGCUCACUGGAUUCCUGCGCGCACUGGAUAGUCGGCAGGUGAUCGUCACGUUCGAGGUGAUACUCAGCGUGCGCAAGGUGAUCAACAAGACGCGCCUCUCGGAGAUCAUUUGGGACAGAAUCUGCGACAUUAUGUCGGCGAUUGUGAACAACAUAGAGUUUUACGAGAUCUCUGGCAUAAACAAGGAUCGCCUACAGUCUCUGCAGAUCAAUUUCCACGAGAACAUCGACUGCAUCGAGAAGCUGCUGCAGCAGGACCGCUCCCAGAUACUGGGCAACGUCGAUCGCAUCUACGAUCUCAUCGAGCGUGUGGCAGACAGGCGGCCAGAGGCCUCUGUGCUGGCCCUGAUCGAGUACCGGUCGCGUCAGGUGACCGCCACACGGCCGGAGUGGCUGCAGGUGCUGACGCAUUUCAUCCGACGCUACUUCCGCAUGGCCAAUGUGAAUGUUCGCAUCAAGACGAUCGAGUCGCUGGUGCGCAUCAUGGACCAGAACCGCGCCUGCUACGAGGAGGAGAUACUCAAUCGCGUGGUCCUCACCCAUCUGGCACCAAUCCAUCAGGAGCCCAGUGUGCAGGUGCGUGUGGCCGUGGCCCGGGCCUUGACCAACUUUGCCCUGCACUGCGACACCAAGCGCUGUGUGGAUCUGCUGGACACGCUUGAGGCGCUCAUUAAUCGUCCCUUCGAGCACAUGCGUCACCUGGCCGCAGCAGAUUCUGGGGCGCCUCUGCUGGAGGGGUCGGUGGUCAUAAUCAAGAAUGAGUCGGAGGUGGCCGACAUCAUUGCUGCCGUCGAUGGGCUGGUCAAGGUCUUUGCCACGAAGCUGCAUCGCCUUCCAGCUGCGCAUGCCAUGAAGAUAUUCAACAUUCUGCUGGAGCACCUGGAGCUGCAUUACGAUUGGCCCAAGAUCUUCGAGCAGACCAGCAUUGUGCGCCUUAAAAUAUUCACUUGGAUACUCAAGGCUCGGGCCAACGCCUCCUACCACAUUGGCUAUCCGGAGGGCAGCACUGAGGCGGUAAAGUUCAGCCAUUAUUUGGGCAUUGAUUCGCCGCUGCUGCCGCAGGCACAUGCCACUGCGAUUUCGAUACGACGCGUCUGCAAGCUGAUUGUGCGGUGCCUGGAGCAGGACACGGACUUUCAGGUGUUUGAGCUGGUCAUCAAGGAGCUGCCGAAAAUGCUGCAGAACAAGGCGCUCAUUCAGGGCAAUGACAUCGAGGAGCUGGCCAACACCCUCUUCAAGAUCAAUUCGGUCAGCAACAACAAGUUCAAGCGCUCCACCGACGAAUUUCACGCUCUGGUGCUGCCCGCCAUCGCCUCGCUGGUGAUAUACCACGAGUGCCUGCAGCCGCCGCAGCACUACAGCAUCAUCACGGCCCUCAAUGCGCGCGUGCUGACUGGCAUCGCCAGCGUGUGCAUCAACACCAUGACCAUCCUGAUGCUGGAAAUGCCCGAGUCGCUGAUGCGGAAGCUGCCGGAGGUGCUGCUGCAGAUGAGCAAGAUGUCCGACACGAACACACUGGCCAUUCCAGUGCUGGAGUUUCUGUCGUUGCUGAUCCACCUGUCGAAGCAUCUCUUCACCAACUUCACGUCCAUGCACAAUAUGUACGUGUUUGCCAUUUCACUGCCGUACACGAAGCCGCAUCGCUAUGACCACUAUACAGUGUCGCUAGCCCACAACGUCAUAGCCGGCUGGUUCCUCAAGUGCAAGCUGGAGCUGCGCAAGAACUGCGUUAGCUACAUCAAGAGCUCGAUGCAGUCGAAUGCCAAAAUGCUGUCCAACGACAUUGUUAACAUGAACUCCCUGAACGAGGACUCGUCCAGUCGCAAGCGCAGCACCAGCCUCACGGAGCGUGGCAGCCGGAAAAAUGCCACGGCCCGAAAUGAUCCCGAGAUGCGGCCACAGAUGAACAACGGGCUGCGGAACUUUCACACGGAGCUGGCGGAGACCUGCUUCGAUUUCCUCUCCCGUCACACCUUCUCGCCCUGUCCGUCGGCACCCAAGCGUCUGCCAGCAGCCGAGUUUCUGCUGAAGGAUGGCGUCUCGCAGACCUGGCUGGUGGGCAAUAAUCUGGUGACGAUCACCACCUCCGGCUGCCCCUCUGCACCCACGCGCAGCGGCCUCUGCGAGCGGUGCGCGCAGCUGGGCAAAGCCCCCAGCAUCAGCCUCAAUUCGAAGAGCCUGAGCGACGCAGCGGCACCGCUCUCUCCCGAACGGGAGCGCCGCUACACCAAGGUGAGCCUGCAGCACAGCAGCGGCAACGAGUCGGCCGGAAGCACGGAGCUUACCUCCUCCUCCUCGUCCAACUCGGCGGCCACCAACCAUCCGCACCGACAGAUCUCCAACAGCUCGACAGCCUCACUGGAUGCGCUGUCGCGUCGGGGUUCCAAUCCCGAGGCCCUGGGCGGAGGAGGACUCGGCGACGGACCGCACACGGGAAGCAACACCUCGCUGCUGGGCAAUUCCUUGUCGCAAUCUUCGGCCAGCAUGAGUCCCGCGGGUUCUGUCGUCCAGCAGCCGGUUUGUGUGCGGGCCUGCACUGGCUGGGCGGAGAUCUUCAUCCGUCGUCCGACUGGGAACAUCUCGUGGAUCACGCGCAUCCAAAAUCCCAUCACCAACGACUGCUUCGGACAGGAUCUGCCCUUCAAUAAUGUGGUGUCGCUCUUCUUGCCCACGGCCUACGGCGGAGUGUUUGGGCCGGACAGCACUCUGCAGGACAGCUCAGUACCGGUGCAGCCGCAACCGGAAGCAGAUGGGGAACAAGAAACGCCGGAGGAACAGGCCGUGGAACCACAGCCCAAUCCUGCUGUAGCUGCACCCACAAGCGAGCUGCGGGCCAAAGCCCGAGCCCUUCAGCGUCAGGAGGAGAUUCAUUCGGUUGGCGGCGUUGGCAGUGGAAACGGCAAUGGCAAUGGCAACGGCAACGGCAAUGGUAGCGGUCCCUCGGGAACUGCAGCGAUUCCCAUACCCCGUGUCACCGCUCCUGGCAAGCGCGGCAAGGAGGCAGCUCUCUGCGGGAGUGUGAGCGACGGCGAGGCAGACGACGACUCGCUGGCGUUUGAGGAUGCGCAGAGUCGGGCACGCAAUCCCGUGCGCCGGGUCAACUCCAGUCCAGAGAUGAGCUCCAGCUGGCGGCUGGCGUUUCUGACCGCCAAGCCGGCGCCGCUCUCCCAGGAGCCGGUCAAAGUGGUGGAUGAGCCGCAGAGCCAGCUUACGCUGAAGAAAAAGAGUGUCCAGUACAGCACGAAGGAUAUGCGGGUCAGCUGCGAGGCUAUUCCGGAGGAGAUAGCCGGCUCUACGCCUCCACAGAUUGUCCAAGACCUUCAGCCGGAGAGCGGCACCCUACCACCCAAGCAACAUUCGGCAGACGAUGUCAGCAGCCAUCCUGCUGCCGCGGGAAUCAGCCAGCCCACGGCUUCGGGUUUGCAGGUAUCGGCAGCGAAACCUCCAUUGUCGCCGGCUCCUGGUCCGACAACGGCUACGGCUACAGCAGUGCCUGCCGUGAAACAGCCACCACUGCUGGCAGCGUCCAAGAUCACGAGCUUCGGCGGCGCGUCUGGGCCUCCUCAGCAGCUGCUGCAGGGCGUGGCCAAGUCCAGCAGCAGUGGCAGCAAUGGGACGAAUGUGGGCGCCACCUCGGAGUAUGGCAACAAUGGCAACGGAAACGGCGACAUGAUGCGGGGACGGUCAAAGACCAUCUCGACGGUGCGUGAGGUGAUCAAUGGCAAGGCACGUCCACCGCCAGCCAGCAGUUUCCGCAACUUUGGGCCCGCCAAACCGCCGAUCAAUGCCAAGCUGUGCAUGAAUCCCAGCUUUGUGUUCCUGCAGCUGUACAGCACGGGGUCCCUCGGGGUUACGGAAAUGCCCCUGAAGCUGGGGCCCGAGCACUCGAAUGCGGUGACGCUGUUCGAUCUCGUGCCGCCAUUCGAGACGCACAAGAUCGGUGUGCUGUACGUGGGCCACGGACAGUGCAAUAACGAGGUCGAGAUCCUGCGCAAUUCGCACGGCAGCACGCGCUACGUGGAGUUCCUGCGCAACAUCGGCACCCUGGUCAGUCUGAAGGAGGCCGAGCAGAACAACCUGUUCAUUGGGCUCGACAGGAACGGGGCCGAUGGCAAGUUUGCCUACAUCUGGAAGGAUGACAUUCUGCAGGUGACCUUUCACGUGGCCACGCUGAUGCCCACCAAGCUGAAGGACGAUCCCAACUGCAACGAGAAGAAGUGCCACAUCGGCAACGAUUUCGUGAAGAUCAUUUACAACGAGAGCGGCGAGGAAUAUAACCUGAACACCAUAUCCGGCCAAUUCAACUAUGCCUGCGUAAUUGUCGAGCCCCUGGAGCUGAACUCCAAUCGGGUCUACGUGAAGGCUCGCUCCGAGAUAUCGAAGUUCGUCUGCCAUCCACAGCCGAGGAUUGUGUCCGACCGCAGUGCUCCGCUGCUGGCCCGUCAAAUGGCGCUGCACGCCAACCUCGCCUCGCUUGUCUACCAGAGUGUGCAGAAACAGAACCCGUACGCCUCCAACUGGCUGGAACGACUGCGCAAGAUAAAGCGCCUGCGGGCCAAGCUCACCGAAGCCAACAACAGUCAGCAGCACAGCGGUGCGUCGAGCGGCAUUGGCAUCAACUCCUCGGCAAUUGGCUCGGACAUGGACGACCAGCGAGCGGACUUUAUGAAGUUCACAUAGACAACUACUGGGAAGCGAGGCUGUAAGCUCGGGAGCAGUAACAAUCAUCCUGCCUGGCUCCCCACACAGAUUUCUGGAUACCGUCAGUGCAGGGCGGCUGAGUGCCAGCUAAAAACAUAUAAUCAUGAUACAUACAUACAUAUAUUCGUAAUGACUUUGACAAGUUUAUAAAAUUUGUGAAAAUACAUAAGCGCUGCCAUCCGUGAGGAUGCAGCAGGAAACCUUCAACGAAAAUGAGGCAGAGU